AUGGUGAUUGGAAAUUCAUUAUCAAAUUAUGAGCGUUUGAGUACAUCCUCAAUGUCUAAACCCGAUGCUUCCAACGAGCCAGAAAUCGUUGAUCUGGAAACGUUAAAUACUGCCCAAGGUGAACUGCAUGAAAACCACUACAAAGUUAACGCAACGCAUCGAAAAUUGCAUCACAGACACGUUCUACUCAUAGGUAUUUCUGGGGUCAUUGGUACCGCCCUUUUUGUAAGUAUAGGAAAAGCACUGUACCAUGGAGGAUCGGUUUUCCUUCUCUUAGGCAUGGCAUUGUGGUGCAUCCCAAUUCUCUGCAUUACAGUUUCAACAGCAGAAAUGGUUUGUUUUUUGCCACUGGAUUCUCCUUUUCUGCGAAUAGCUUCGCGGUGCGUGGACGAUGCGAUGGCUAAUACGGCAGGCUGGAAUUUUUGGUUUCUAGAAUGCGUUCAAAUUCCAUUCGAAAUUGUCGCAGUAAAUACCAUCAUUCAUUACUGGCGGGACGAUUACUCCGCAGCAAUCCCACUUGUCGUCCAGGUUGUUCUUUACUUGGCUAUAAGUCUAUUUGCUGUGCGUUACUAUGGCGAAAUGGAGUUCUGGCUCGCCAGCUUCAAAAUCUUUCUUGCCGCAGGACUCUUCAUUUUUACCUUUAUUGCCAUGCUUGGUGGAAAUCCUAAGAAGGACAGGUUUGGGUUCCGGUUUUUUGCUGACGCUCCAUUCAAGCAAUAUUUUCCCACAGGUCAUACCGGUUCUGCUUCGUCGGGCUAUUUCCAAGCAUUCCUCGCUUGCCUCAUUCAGGCUUCGUUCACCAUAGCAGGUCCAGACUAUGUUUCCAUGAUCGCAGGAGAAACGAAGCUACCGCGGAAAGUUUUACCCGUUGCCUUCAAGCAUGUUUUUAACCGCCUCACAAUUUUGUUCUUAGGAAGCAGCUUAUGCGUCGGGAUAUUAUGCAGUGCAAAUAAUCCUGACUUGACGGCUGCCAUUAACGAAGCACGUCCAGGCGCUGGCGCCUCUCCAUAUGUUAUUGCAAUGAAGAAUUUGGGAAUUAGAGCUUUACCGGACUUGGUAAAUGCGACACUCAUCACUGCCGCAUUUUCUGCGGGAAAUGCAUACACCUUUUGCUCAUCUCGCAUUCUACUCGGGAUGGCGUUGGAUGGCAAUGCCCCAGCGAUUUUCCAAAAGUGCAACAAGCACGGAGUACCAAUUAAUGCGGUUGUGGUGUCUCUCUUGUGGGGACUUUUGAGUCUCCUGCAACUCAACUCCAACAGUGCUGUGGUCUUAAACUGGUUGAUGAACUUGAUAACAACUUCACAAUUGAUCAACUUUGCCUACUUAUGCAUUACUUACCUCUACUUUCGGCGGUCCUACGAAGCACAAAAGAAGAACUUACCUUCACUACCUUUUCAAUCCUGGUGGCAACCUUACACUGCCAUCGUGGGACUUGUAUCGGUCGUCACCAUGGCCUUGGUUCAAGGCUACUCCGUUUUCUACCCUUCGUUGUGGAACGUACAGGACUUUCUAUUUUGCUAUCUCAUGAUUUUCCUAAACUUAGCGGUUUACCUCUUCUACAAGUUUGUCGUAGCUAAGGGGCGUUCGGGGCCUCUAGAGCCCCGUGCAGUAGAUCUCACUACUGGCUUGCUCGAAAUUGAGCGGCAUGAGUUGGAACACGGGUUUACUGAAUAUGCUUUUUUUACGACCGGGCGUUCCUCAACAUUGUCAACUAGUGACCUUGGCAUCAGCUUGAGCUUGGACCCACUCGAGAGCCAGGAGCGCCUUCACACUUGA